AUGAGCCGACGCCAUUCAGGAGAGCGCCAGCAGCGAAGUAUAUUACAUGUCCGUGCAGUGAGCCUGUCAAGGUCCGAUCGUGAUCGGAUCGUCGGCGGCUAUCUGUGUUGUCUUGAAACUAUUGGCCCUUCCCUGCUCACCGAGAUCAAUCACGGCCCAAAUGCCCCGUUGGCCAAGCUGGCGUUACCUUGCGCAGCCGCGGAUGCGGCAACAGGCUUCAGCCGAAGGGAGAUGAACGGGAGAGUCAAGUCUCCACUAGGCCAACCUCUGGCCAAAUCAGCUUGCAUGUCAAGAGACACCUGGCUGUGCCUUGAAAUUAAAGACGAGGGCAAUUAG